GCGCUCUCUUCUUUUGCGGUGCACUUGGCGGCGUGUCGUCGUUGGGGCGAGCGUUACCUCUCUCUCGUGAGCGCUGUGAGCGACGAGCUGCGCGGGAAGGCGACGCCGUCGCGUUCUCUUCAACUUGCUAGCGGGCUGUAACACUUCCUCGUUUAACUUUUUCUUCGCUUCAGUUUCCUAAUUUCUUGUUCUUUUCUUUCCUAGGCCUUCUUUUUCUGCGCCUCUCGGAGAAAGAGGAAGGGCCAUUCAACUUUUCGCUGUUCUUUCAUUUCCUUUGCUCGGAAGCGGCACCUUGCUUUUCUGUUUUAAUUUGAACUGUAAGUGUUGCUGAGCGCGAGCCAACCAGACCGGCGGCACAGGGUUAGCGCGUGUUGCUGCUUGCACGAACAAAGUGCAGUUUCUCCCUCCCUCCCUCGCCAGCCCAGCUGCUUAUUUUGGUUCGCGCCACAGUUUGCCACGAGUCCCCUUUUCACGAUGGAUUCUUUGCAGCAUGUUUCGCUUCUCGGCAAGGCAUUUAUUUGCAGUUAUCGCACUUGAGUACCUUUUCCCCGUGUGCACCAGUGUAUUACGUGCUUCAGUUUCUGCUGAUAUACUUCUCUCGUGAAAGUGCUGCUCCGGUUGUUUGUGUACGGCGGUGCAACCGGCUCAAGUCGCGAUUUGCAAUCGGCGUUGCUGCGCGUAGCAGACGACACGAGCGCCGCAACAGACGGCAGUGAACGAAGCUCGGCGGUGGCGGCGUCGUUUUGUGCAGGCACGCGUUGGAUGAUGCGUCAUCCGUCGUAUGUUGGCUUCACCGCUGCUGCCGCGCUGUCCGUUGCCAACCGGCAGGUUCUGAGCGCAACCUUCGCACCUACCGCCUGCGACAGCACUGAGCUCCGAAACGCUGCAGAACGCAAAGUGUGGUGUCACCUUUUGUCACGGUGUUGUGCAAAGUGCGCAAGUUCGAGGAGCGUCACACUGUUAACCGUGUUUGGCGACGUAGACUUGCACCGCUUGCAAGUGGCGUCAGCGACAACCCUUCAUCGUAACGCGUCGUAACGCCUACUACCGAAACCUGACAAAAACGUCUCCGCGACGGAGGUUUCCUGUUCCCCAUACCGCCCGGUUUUCGACAGAUGCUCUCGCUUCUGACACGUUCCCGUAGCCAUCAACUGAGCGAAUGAUGCCAGCAGCGCUGAGGCACCUGUCGGCCGAGGCCGCGGCGAACACCCAGCUAAAGCAGGCGAAGGUGCCGAGCCAGAAGCUAGACCUGGGUUAGGACUCGCGCCGUCGGCCCCACGGAGGCCGCCCGCGGGCCCGAACCCAGCGAGCAGCAGCAGCAGCGAGGGCGCCGGGAACCGCAGCCAGGGAACGCGGCGGCCGCGACAGCGGUGCCCGGAACCACGCCUCAGAACAGCAGCAGCGCGGCGCAGCCGCCGGUUGGCGCAGCCCAGUCACCUCCUUCCAGCAUGUCCCUCGUCAUGGUGACGCCCGCCGUGGACGACGACUUCCUGCCGGGCUCCAACAACAACGCCGCUGCCACGAACAACAACAACAACCACCACGCGGCGCCGACGCAGCCGCCCGCGCCUCAGCCACCGCCCGAGCCGCCCGACUGGUCGUACCCGCAACUGCAGCACCAGGCGUCCGGGUCGUCCGGCAAGCCCGUGCUGGUGCUGGGCCGGAUGCACUCGGAACCGGAGCGGUCGCUGCCCUUGGUCGAGUUCAAGACGCUCGAGCCUCCCGCGCCGCCGAACUACCGAUCGUGCCCGGAGAUCGGGCCGCAGAUCCAGGUAGUGCAGUUCACCGGCCCCGGCGUCAGCGAGGAGGACGAGUGCUGCCCGGGCUACGACGUCGACGGUGGCGAGGACGGAGGCGCCGGGUUUCGCCGCUCGUCCGCGUGGGGCGCCCCGGCGCCCGGCGGGGGCGGGGCGCCCCCUGCGGGCCGCGCGGCGUGCGAGCCGGCGCCCUCGCAGCAGCGCCCCCACUUAUGGACCCCGCACACGCGGCUGGGUCUGAGCGCGCGGUUGGAGCACUCGUUCCUCACGCGCACGGUGUCCCGCGAGAGCGUGCGCUGCAGCGCGACAGACGCGGGCCUGCUGCCGGCGUCGUCGUCGCAGCAGCAGCCGUCGUCGCACCAGGCGGCGGGCGCGCCGCUCACCACGUCGCUGCGCCAGCUGCACCGGGACAACGAGAUCGCCGAGAUCGCGGCCGACUCGAUGCGCAUCAAUGGGGCGCUGCGCCACUUCAAACACCUGCGCAAGCCCACCUCGACGCUCUCCAUUCCGGCGGCCAUGAAGGAAUAUCCGAACGCGAACCAGAGUGCUGGGCAGCUUUUCGCUGACUGCAACCAAGUGAGCAAUCUUUCGUCUGACAUUAGGGAGCAUGCCCAGCAGCACUCGACCGAGAGCGACGGAGCGGGCAUCGCCCUCGUGGGCGUGCACACGGACGCCGGGGUCGGCGGCGGGGGCGACGGCGACUUGCGGCGCUUCCUCAAGGGCGCCUCGGGCUCGCUGUCCGGCAGCGGUGCGCCGGGGGGAGCCUCGGGAGGCGGGGGUUUCGGCCCUGGGGGCCGCUUCCACAAGCCUUCGGUGGGCUACCGGCUGGGCCGGCGCAAGGCGCUCUUCGAGAAGCGCAAGCGCAUCAGCGACUACGCCCUGGUCAUGGCCCUCUUCGGAAUCAUAAUGAUGGUCGUCGAGAACGAGCUGUCCGCUGCGCACGUCUACGAAAAGAGCUCCGUGUACUCGAUGUCGGUAAAAACGCUCAUCACUGUGUCCACCAUCAUGCUGCUCGGUCUCAUAGUAGCCUACCAUGCCUUAGAAGUUCAGCUGUUCAUGAUCGACAACUGUGCGGACGACUGGCGCAUCGCCAUGACCCCGCGUCGAGUGGCGCAGAUCCUGGCCGAGCUGUGCGUGUGCGCCGUGCACCCGGUGCCGGGCGACCAGCGCUUCACGUGGACCACCAAGCUGGCCAACCACGGGAACCGCGUGCGCUCGCGCGACGUGCCCGUGGACGUGACGCUGUCGCUGCCCAUGUUCCUGCGGCUGUACCUCAUCUGCCGCGUCAUGCUGCUCCACUCGAAGCUGUUCACGGACGCCUCGUCGCGCUCCAUCGGUGCGCUCAACCGCAUCAACUUCAACACGCGCUUCGUGCUCAAGACCCUGAUGACCAUCUGCCCCGGCACGGUGCUCCUCGUCUUCAUGGUCUCCCUCUGGAUCAUCGCCUCCUGGACGCUCAGGCUAUGCGAAAGGUACCACGACGAGGAGCAUGCUAACUUGCUGAACACCAUGUGGUUGACGGCAAUCACGUUUCUCUCCGUGGGCUACGGAGACAUCGUGCCCAACACGUACUGUGGCAGGGGCAUCGCGGUCACCACGGGACUCAUGGGGGCCGGUUGUACAGCCCUGGUUGUUGCUGUGAUAGCGCGAAAGCUGGAGCUUACUCGAGCCGAGAAGCACGUCCACAAUUUUAUGAUGGACACUCAACUGACGAAAAGGUUGAAAAACGCUGCGGCCAACGUCCUACGAGAGACGUGGCUCAUCUACAAAAACACUAGGCUUGUGAAACGUGUGAACCCUUCCAAAGUGAGAGCGCACCAGCGCAAAUUCCUCCUCGCAAUUUACAGUCUCAGAAAGGUUAAAAUGGACCAAAGGAAGCUUAUGGACAACGCAAACACAAUUACAGAUAUGGCGAAGACCCAGAAUUCGGUGUACGAGAUUGUGUCGGACAUGAACGCGCGCCAGGAGUUGUUCGACGAGCGGCUGGCGACGCUCGAAGAGCGGCUCGCCGCCAUCCACGAGCAGCUCGAGGCGCUGCCGGAGGCCGUGGCGCGCUCGUGCGGCGCGUACUACGCUGCUGCGCCGCUGCCACAGCCGCCGGCGUCGAGCCAGUCCUACCCGCCGGGCUCGAUGCCGCUGCCGGAGUGCGGCGCCGCAGUGCUGGGGCCGCAGCAACAGCCGCUGCAGCCGCCGUUACAAGCGCCGCUGCAACAGCCGCUGCUGAACCAGCCCCGCCACACGCAUCUGCACCCGGACGACGCGGCGUCGCUGAGCAGCCGGCCGAGCUGGUCCACCGUCAACCUGUCCGGUGGAGCGGGGGCAGGAGGGGGAGGCGGCGGCGGCAGGCUGGGAGUCCUGCAGCCGCCCAUGGUGGCGCGCUCGGGCUCCACCGAGAACUGACACGACGAAGACGACGACGAGCGUCGGCAGUGGAGCCCGCCGCCCGCCUGGCGGCGACAGGAGCCCAGCGCCACGGAAGGCGACGAGGACGAGGCGCCUCUGUUGUCGUCGCCGUCGCCGCCGCCGCCGCCUACGUCGCAUCAGCAGCAGCAGCAGCAGCAGCAGCAGCAGCCGCCGCCACCGUCGCUUCAGCCGACAGCAGCCGUCGACUCCGCCGGAGACCAGUCGUCAGCCACGCUACGCUGUUCCGCGCGCCGGUGCCACGAUUGGGGCGGCGCGCGGCGCUGGCCGGUCUGAGACGGGCCUUCGGCUCGGCUUAUUCUGCCCCCUGCGUGAUUCCGAGCGAUUACCUUAGUUCCGUGUCUUCUUUCUUUUGCGCGAAUCACUGCUUUAGUAGAUCUCGCUUCACCUGCUAAUGCUGGGCUGUGCGGGACAGAUGCUCUGAGGGGCUGUGCGCGCGUAGCGGCGUUGAUUUGGCUGCGUAAUAUGGAUGUCAACUGGCGGGAGCUUAGCGUCAAGGCAAAAGAGAUAGUUUGUCUCGACGAGCGUGUUUCCGGUUGUGUCCGGCAUUCGUUGUGUUGAACGAAACCGUGUCGCUUAAAUUUAGUUCCCGGAAAUACGUAGAAAGUGAAACUCUGCAAUCAAAAGUGCUCUGUAAUAGCGAAUGCGAAUUUUAACAAGGGAAGGCUGAUAGAAGCGAAGCGCGAUGUGAGCGACCGGGUGAAAAUGCUCCGUAUUUAUGGCCAGCGGAAACAAGUGCACCACUGUUACAGCCCUCGACAACAUUCUUUAACGGAUGCAUUUUUGAAACGAUGUCCUGAGUGAGCAUAUCUUUGCCCAAAGUUUACUAUAACGAUGUCUUCCAGAAUUUGUUGGCCACUAAAGAAAAAAAAAAAGACUUCAAGAGCUUCCGCACACUUCGAGAUAACUAGAGAAGCGCUUCCCGUCACUGCGUCGAGAGCGGAGCUUACGGAACAUUACUGAGUGUGUAUAAUGGGAAAAUACGCAUUUCCUUUAAACGAGAGCGGGGACAAGCAUUUGUACAUUGGUCGUUAUAAACGAGAUGUGCCGAGAAGCGGGAUCGUUAUGUCGGAUCUUUCAGCUUCAUUUGUUCUGCCCCGUAGCAGUUCCAAAUGCGUAAAUCUGCACGUUUUCGAUGAGACGAGGGCCUUCGAGGUAUGAAGACGAAGAAUCGCAUCAAUUUUCUCGCACAAUUACAAACGGCGACAUUUCAGAGAAAGCUUACAUAGACAGGCAAGGUCACAGAACGCGUAGUGAAGUGCCGCAUGCGUAGACCGCGUUUCCAGAAAGAAAGGUUAAAUGUAUUUACUUAGAGCGAAAGAGAUUAGAGGAAAUGUGCAUCUAUUGCAACACACGCUGACCUUCUCGAGAAGGAAGCCUAACUCCCGAAUUCGCAAACGGGCCUCGACUCGACUCUCCUCAUCAACUCUGUCGAGUAGAGGAUUGAGCCGCUCUUCGACUUAAGCAAUCUCAGCGCUUCACUAAAUGUCUUGGGCAACUUGAAAGCCAUAGUUUCGUAAUCGGAACUUUCGCAUUCUGCUGGACGGAACUCGAACGGAGGGGCGCUUACCAAGCAACUCUUCGUCACGGGAAUCGUAGGCCAGAGUUCUCGAAGCGCACCGACUGAUUCAGUCAAAACGACUCGAGUCGAUUCGAUCCGCGUUUGCGAAUACGGGGCUCAGAGUUAAGAAGCCCGCGCAGCCCUCCUGAUGCCGAGCGCCGUUCUUAUAGAGAAUUGUAGUAUCCACGCUUGCUCGCGCUGGCUUCAAUCUUGGACGGUGUGUGUGUGCGUGUGUGCGACAACUGCCCUCCUGCCUUGACUGCUGCUGCUGCGCUGCGCGCGGGGAAAACUCUGUGCGUAGUUUGUGCGCGUGUGUUGUGCUGUUGUGCCGCCGUCACCGGGGACAAACGUUCGACGUGGUCCGACAGCCCGUGCGAGACGUGUUGCGGUGCUGAGAGAGAGACUGCUCGACUGACCGUGACACCGAACUAUCUCGUAUACACAAGAGUCUUCGAGUGUUUCGUUCGUGUCGUAACCUGGGCUAGACUGUACAUGUAUAGCUCUUCCUUCGCCGUCUUUGUAGGAGGCGUCGGGGAGGUGUAACACACACGCGGAAUCAAAGAAGAAGAAAAGCGUGAAUGUACGACCGACUGUAUAUCCGCGUUCUUCUCGGUACGUGCGUUCGUUGCCUUUUGCAACACUGACUGGCACUUUCUUUUGUUUGGCAUGCCUUGAUCGGCGUGCGAGUGAAAAGUUACAGGUCGUCGCAGAGCGAAUGUGGCCGCUGCUUACGAAGAAAGCCUGGACACAGCGUUCCCAUUCUUAGCAUACAUUGUUAAGCAGAUAGGCGUAAACGAGGGCUGUAUACGUUCCGUUUUACAACGUUCGUGGUUGUAUAAUUGCUCCUGUGUUCCCCCUUUCUUUGCUGAUUUUUUCUUUUGUUGUUAUUGUUGCUGUUACUACUUACCAUAACGCAAGUUUUCAAAGCCAAUUCGUUAUAAUUGUUACGCGGCAUAAGUCAAUUCGAGCGGCAUAGUCUGUUAAGGUAUAUACAAGCGGUAAUAUUGCUCACUUGUUUGUUACCCCGUUGCUACUUCCUGAGUUCCGUUCCUCUGCCUCUGUAACCUUGCCCACAAAUGCCUGCGGAAAUUCGCUGUUCUUUAAGCUUAACGCUCUAUAAAACGCUCAUCCGCUGAAACCUGGCAUUCCAGAAAUAUCCUAGACAAAAGCGUCUCGGGAAGUCACGGAACGAGUCGUAUAGCGUUAUAGAAAUGUCUUACGUCUGAAUCUGCGUUGUUCACUGAACAUUUGUGUCUUACCGACACAGGCAGUUGUGAUUUUCAGUCGUUCGAGUUUUCAAAGCGCGCGGUACACGUGUGGCCUUUUGUCAAAAGCUUCGAAGCAUCUUCAGUAGGGCCAAGAUCUGGCUUCGGGCCGUAGUGCACAGCGUUCGAAACAAUGCUGAGCUAUCCGAAUCUCUGAUGAGGAAAAAGUAGCGCAGUAAAUAGACAACGCACCCACGAAGGGAAGACAAACACAAGCGCUUGUCUGGUGUGCGUUGUCUUUUUAUUGCGUUAAUUUUUCCUCAUCAGCAAUGCAAGACCAACUAGCAAGAAAUGGAACAGCGCUGUUCGUGCCGAUCUCUUGGGCUUUAGCAACAAAAACUUUAGCUCCAGCACGCGACGCAGUGACAGGCCCAGUUAAUUCUUUAAAACUCUAGUAUAAACGGUCUAUAGAAAUCCUAUAGACCUUUUGUUAAGCCUACAAAUAAUCUAAAGACUAAAGACAUACGUCUAUUAAGUCUAAAGAUAGUCUAUAAAUCUUCUGUGACGUCUGUAGAUAUUUUCCGUAGAUCUCUUACCACAAUGUCUAUUGGUUGUCGGUAGAUAGGGCCCGGAUUUCUAGUGGACUAUUUUCUAUGGGCACUUGGGAUGUCCUUGGUUAAGAAAGACAGCUAAUGAAAUAGACUUGUUGCUGUCGGCAGACUGUAUAGAUAUCCUGUAGACAAAAGUGCAAGUCUAAAGGAAGGUAAAAUAGUUUAUGAAAGGCCUAUAAACAUUUUGUGUUUUGUAUCAAUCCAUUUUUAUAAAGGCAGCCCUCACUGGCUUCGAAGCUUUUGUUGAAGACGCUACUUUUGCUUACAGUAGGCAACUAUACUACUUGUUGAAAAUGCGCCCUACAGCGGGGAUGACCGCGUUUGUGCUGCGAUGGAAAAUCUCGAGAGAGCCCACUUUAAACUUACAGCAUCCGCCAACUUGUUCAGAUCGCAGGAGGAAUUCUCCUUGGAGCGCACGUCCAUAAUAUUAAAAAAAUGUCAGACUACAAAAAAGCAUAAAGGUUUUCUAUGAAACCGUAAGUCCGUAGAGUCUCCACAGAUGCUAUGACUAUCUACGGAGUUGCGGUGAUGCUUUCAAUACUUUCUGUACGAUAUCCGUAAGUUAUGUACAGCCAAAAAAGGUAUAUAUUGGAAUGCCAAUCACUGAACGUCUAUUGACUUCUUAAAUAUAUCUUCAUAAACGUUGCAAUGUAUAAGAGCCCCUACAGCGUGCCUGUACACAGCCUUCUGACUCAUUACCUUACACGUGUUAUUUACGAUGGUCCAUAAAUUAUUAUUUAUAAAUAACUUUCUUGGAAGUCCAUGCGCCAAAGAUAGAAAGAAAGAAAUAGGCCUAUUAACAAUUAUUUGUCUGCAGAUAGUCUCUAAGUUUCCUAGAACGAGGAAUGUGGCUGCGAAAAAAAAAACACGAAAAAACACACGUCGACAGGACAUUGAUGCAUAUCGACCAGCGCUUGUCCUGUGGGUGUGCUUCUACGACGUUGUUCUUUCCCGCCAUAUUUAUUGAUUCGGCAUGUUUGACCAACCAGUUAAAGGCAAGCGUUCUACGCUUGCACUGGUAAAUAUGAAAGUAAAGUAAUAGGCGAGUGAAUUGAGCAGUCUAUGCAGCCGCUCCGAAUCUGUAAUCAGAAGGGCGGUGCCAAUGCGCCCCGGCAGACCGAGAAAAGUUUCUCUGAAGCAUGAACAAAGGAGUUCUUUCUUUCCUUCUUGUUCUGAAGCUAUCGCGCCGCUUCCGCGCUCUGUGCAAGUUUGUCGGGAGCUGUACUUAAGAGUCCAUCAAAAGGAUCGAAGCGGCUAUCGGCAAAGACCUUAACUUACGUGCCUCGGGGGACAUAACGUAAGCUUUCUUGAAGCACAAAGAGUUUUAUGGCUCUCACACGAUCUCAGUUUCGCUCGCUUUUUUAUACCGGCCUUUUCUUAAGUCUUCUGUGUGACCACCAGUGAAUACAACUGCUUCCUGUUGUUAAGCCGGGUCGGCGUAGAAGCUAGACCCCGAGUGGUGUUUACUUUCCAUUGUUCUCUACUACCGGGAUCCUUUUAGAUGUUACCGCUGACGGCCUGGUAAGCUUCAGGAGCCUCUGGAUUAGCGUUUUAUGGUGGAUUGGCUCGACCUGCCACUAAAGUCACCCAACCUCGGAUAAUUCCUUCAGGCCUCCUUUAGCUAAUACUACCUUGCGGAUUUCAACGCCGAUCAAGAAAGGAAAACGCGGAGAUCUACACUUUCUACAAAACAUGUAGCAGCGAAUACAACUAUUGGAUAAGAAAUGACGGAAUAAGAGGAAGUAAGAAAUGACCACGUAAGCUGUUUACCGCCACUAACGAAAAUGUUUAAGGGUUACUAGAAAAUUAUACGUUUCUUAUACAUUUCGUUUCUAUAGAAGAGCAGUUAGAUCAGUGUUAUCCUAAAAAAAGACUCGGCGUGACAGAAAUGAUUUGAGAACAGAAGUUGUCGACGCCACUUUGAUAUCUCGGCACCAACAUCUGGUGACGUCACAGAUUCUUACACUUCUGGUGAAUGCUAACUGUUUGGGGAAUACAAAUGAGAUUCAUUUGCAUUCGAUAAUGCACAAAUAUGAGGACUUGAUCGGGCAACCUUUUCGAACUUUCCGGCUCAGAUAAUGGCUCAGUUAGGGGGAACUAAAGCCGUGAAAUCUUUGACAUCACAACGAUGUCAGUGGCGCCGCGGUUUGGACGCCAGGUUCAAAAAGGGAACUCUUGCCUUCAUUUCCUGCGCCAAUAUGCGAUAUUAUUUUUGGCUGAAAAAAUAAAGAGAGCCUUGAAGGAGUUAUCUACGCAUCUAUAUUAAUUCAGUAUUUGUCUUUAAGCGUCGAGCACCAUCUACAUGGUGCUUAUUGUGAAUCAAGACUAGCUUCUUGGUCACGCUAGCGCUAACGCUUAUUUGGUUCGUUUCACUAUUUCCUCACAUGAACGUAGCCACUAUCAUUUAAACUGCUUACGUGUAAUUAUCCACUUAUCAUCCGAACCAGUACACGCUGCAAUGAAAAAGAAACCAGUGCACCUGCUUUUAAUUAUCUUCGAGCGAAGCCGAAUUUCGGAAAGUUUCGUCGUCAAUCCGCCGGCAGCGAACCAUUUUCAUGCGCUUCACUUACGUCCAUCUGCCCUAUCCUCAAAAAGCCCUGCCAAAAUCGUUUUCAGUAAAAGCCAUUUUCUGCUCUCGGUGACCUUAAGCGACGUCAAAAUAGCUGCGCCAUCACUGUUUCACUCAGGCAGAGUGCUAUAAAUAUUGACAACCUUCCUGCAUGCCUUAUGGACGGAUCAAGCUAAAUUGACUAUAGGCGACGUACUCGGCAUGCUUACUUGUUGGAGUUUCACUGGCGUACUUGGACCAGUGAAAUACAUUGCUUCUUUCUUUCGUGGCCGUUCAGAAAGUCCGUGUGCUUUUCUCCUCGCUUUUAUAUUUUAAAUGUACAUACCAGAUAUUGGCAUCCUUAUAUUGUGAGCUCCUUCAGCGGUGCACGUCACCAGCUGCCAUGGUCUCUCUAGUCCUGCGUUAUUUUUUUUUUAUUCUUUGCGUUUAUGUGUGCUUUAUUUUAUCAACUUUGUUUUAGUCGCACUUCCACAAUAAAUAAAAGAAGACUCAAAGAUUUUAAACUGAACGGCGGGUCAAGACAUCUCUUUCGCAAAUAUUUUUUUUUUUCCGUGAACAUUGCUCUUAUAGAUAUUUUAUUCCUAUCUUGGCAUGUAACCCGUGUCGCUGCAGCUUACAAAAAAAAAAAAAACGUUUAUCGUUUUUGUUAAAAAAAUUACAACUACACUGUGCUGUCAUAUUUCAUGAGUGUUGUGCCGCUCUUGAGUCGUGCGUUGCUAUUGUCAUUAACCAACUGGGCUCAGAAGGAAACCUUGUUGGCAUAAGCACGUCUCUUUCAGCGCUAGCAUCGCCGUAAAUCUGAUACACUAACAUUCUCUAGUGUGGCUCUCGCUUACAAAGUCAUGUAAGGUGAUAAAACGAUAGUAACUGCGCGCAAUCUGCCCAUUCGUUUCGUGCGUCGCUGUGCACGACAACGUUUUGUGCUCCGAUUUCGACCACAGAUGUGCGCAAGAAACUUAGUUCCCACUCCGGCAAAUUCAGGGCUGCCUGCUCGCUCGGUAGAUAAAAGCUGACUGUCCCAACUCUGAAGAUUUAUAUAAGGGCCGGGGAUCGUGCACAACCUUGUUGUCAGUUCUAAAAUCUUCUUGAUGAAGAAACCAACGUUUGCGAACAUCUGCGACACACGUAGACCUGGGAACGCUGCUAUGCUAGUCAUGACGUAUCUGCUAAUUUCAUCGCUCUAUCUUGAAAGCAAAAGAAACAAAAUUUGAAGAAAAAAAAAACGUUCUCCUCCCCCAAACAACAUGUCCGCUGUGAAUUUACGUUCAAGCAAAUCGAGACAGCUUGAGUUUCCUGGUGUUGCUGUUUUCCUAUGUCCGCUGUCAACGCCGUGUGGUGUUUUGUUUUUAUUUCACUAACGCGCUACAUAGUUAAGUGCGGUACAUUACCUAACACGAGCUUGUUGUUGUAGGAUGUUCGGUGUUCUUGUUUUUGCCGGUGUUGUGUGCAAUUGUUGGCGUGACCUUACUGGAAUUUGCCGCCUUGUCAUGCAGUGUUUGCCGUUAUGUUCCUGCGCGGCCCCAUGGGAUCUUGUCACAUUUCGCACAGCAGCAGACGCUCUUGUCUAGUCAUUGGUGAUACCUUUUUUUAUUCUUUUGGCGUGAGAUGUGUUCACCAGAUGUCAUUUUUGUGUCUAGUCCCUUCAAACCGCUGUAUAACGUGAACCUGUGUCUUUCGGUCGUUCCGAGGCGGUCCGGCAGGGCAAGCGCAUAGCGAGGAACAAACCAAUAUGGCGGCGACCAGGAGAGGCGGCGACCUAAAGUAGUGAGAAAUUUAAAAAAAAAACGGGAAAGAAAAGAAAGAACAUCGGCAAAGCUUGACGAGACAUUCACCUUCGAGCUUGUUCAUCUCAUAAAGCAUUCCUCGACGCAGUGUGACACAGUGAAGAGCGUAGGGAACUGGUGACGGACUGAAGCGUAUAUAUAUUUUUCUUCGUCUUUAAUGGAACCACGCUGUGCAUUUUCCGCAUCGACGGACAAGCUUGUUUUCACGUCCGGACGCCGAACUACUGAGUGGUGUUUCCUCGUGUUUUCCUCUUUCUUUUUCUUUUUUCUUCGUACGAUUCAUCCGGCAAGCGAGAUAGCGUGUGUUGGAGAAAACAGCGCUGCGUUGUGAAGAGCGUUGUUGUUGAUGUUGUUGCCGAACGUGUGUGUGUGCGUGUGUAUGUGUGUGUGCGUGCGUGCUGCGCUUUGGAAAGAGUGAGAAAACAAAGCACACAGGGAGAGAGGGCGAAGAAAGAAGAGAAGCGAAUACCUUGGGUGCGAGGAGAGACGACACGUGUUGAACUAUACACCUCGGGCAAAUAUGUAAAAGUGAAACGCGUGGCGGCCGUCCAUACCGUUAACAGGUGACAAUGUGACACCCACCCACACACACACAUACCGCAACUCUUCAUUACUUACACGCGUAAUAAAGACGAGAUCGUGCGUGCGUACACGUGAAGCUUGUCCGCGCACCUUAUAGCAAGGUGGAGGAAUCUACUUAUUACCUAUAAAAAAACAGCUCGAGCGUACUUCCUGUAGCUAGCUAACCGACUUAGCAUCGAAAACGAAACUCGUGUACAUAUAUAUAGCUGCAGUGGUGACGUCAUCGCUUCCACUCUUUCUCUCUCUCUCUCUUUCUCUAUCGCCAUUGCCGCCAUGUGUAGUGAGCUUGUCGCGAUGCGGCAUAUCUGCAUAUAGCGCUUCGCAUGGUGGUUCGCGCCAGGGCACGCUAGGACAGUUGAUAUUGCAAGGCCUGUCUGCCUUCGACGAUAAACAUUUCUCUCUUUUAUCUCCCACCUCUAGAUAUCAGUUCUUCUAGCCUCCCUAUUAUUUUUUUAGUUAAUUCGCUCGUUUUGCCACUCGUCAGACGUGUCCUUUCCCUAUUUUAGCGUGCGAUCAGGUCAGUCGGUGCCUAAAGUAAGCACUCGCGAAGCUCUCGUUAGGCACAGCGUGCCGCGUUCGAUAUGUUCAACGGCUCCCAGCUUGAUAGCGAACGUCACAGUACUGAAGCAAUGUUGGAAACAGUUUUUGAAGCUCAGACACCUAGGCAGUAUGAUACAAGCGUUCUAUUCCGCUGCUCUAAAUGCAGUGAAACUAAUAUAAGGACCAUGGUUGAACGUCGGCAAAGUUUGCCAGAGGGGAUAGUACUCAUAGUCAUCCUUGGGGGAAAAAAAGAAGGCGUCCCUUCGGGACGGAAAUCACGUUUGCGGAAAUCACGUUUGAAAAGCUAUGUUGCAAUUUCGGGGUAGAAAUGUACGAUGCUAUCAGGCUCACCGAGGUCGGCGAUAUUAACCAUAUACAGAUUUACGAUUCGUAUCUGCGUGUUUUGGAGGCAUUCGUCGGAAUCAUUUAUUAAACUGUUAGAGAUCCAAAGGACUCUACAGGACUCUACAUUGGGGGGGGGGGGGGGGGGGGGGGGGAUAUCUAAAUGAAAUAACAAGUGACGGAGCACUUGUUCAGGCUUGACAUCGAACUGACAUCACUGAUAUCAAAUGACAUCAAAUUGACGUCAGAAUUCGAAAAUUGUAAGACGAGCCCAACGUGUGUCACUCGCAUUGUUCGAGUUAGUUCAUCAGCAUAGUGAUGGCUGGCGUGGAUGACUGAAACAGUCCGCCACUCAGUACGAAUAGGCAGCUUGUAAACUUUUUCUAUGCGCAAGCAAAAGUAAAAUUUCAGAGAAAUGUUGGCUUCAACACAUACACACAUGAAAAAGGGAAGGAGCAUAAGAAAACAGUAAACAGGGUCAGCGUUCACAAAACCGUUCUUGCGCAACAGACUGUUCGUAAGAGAAGGCAUAAGGCUAGCGUGAUGUUGGGCAAAUUGUUAGUGAAGGCAGUGGGAAAGCUAAUGGAAAACAACACUUACAUACGAAAAGCUUUGCGAAUUUGGCCCCAGAACAGUACACUAAGCAGCAGAGAGCCAUUCUGCAUGCAAAUAUAUAGUGCACUUUCAAUUUGGUUUACGUUUCCAUUAAAGUGGGUAGGGUAAGCCACUGGGAAAAAACUUCCUGAAGUAGUUUACCACAUUUUGCGUAAACUUUCUUUUUUUUUACUUUUAUUUCAUUUUAGGUACUGCUCCUGGAAAAACCAGUGUAUCCUGAAAUGAACUGCUUAACUUAUCCUGCUAGAAUACUGUAGUGACCAUAAUGGCACGCUUUGUUUCUUUGCCAAACACUGUCUGUGUUUCGUUUUUGCUUUGCUUCGUCUUUUUAUUGUUAGUUGUAUCUCAACUGUACCGUCUCAUUCAUUUGAGCCCCUUUUUACACUGGUCCUGUUCCCGUUGUUAUUCGGCAAUACGGUUUCGAGUCACACGCUCAAUUCUCGCAUUGUUCUACUUUAAGCCCUAGCCAAACUGCCCGCGUAGUCUAACCUAAGUAUAGAAAGAUUAUCAGAAACCUCGCCCCCAACAGCAAACCAGCCUCUUUCCAUCAGCAAACUUUCUAUCCAUCCGGAGUAAGUCGGCUCUAAUUCACUUCUUCGUCUGUUAUUAUUCCUUGCUGUUCCUCGUUUCGUUUUUUAUUUAUUUUUUUCUGCUCCUUCCAUGAACCGUUAGCGAAGCCUUCUGCAAUACGCGAGCUUAACGACACAGGUAUGUGCCAAUUCAGGCAGCUCAGCGCUCACGUCGCGGAUUACUCGACUUAGUUCGUCGCUCGCUCGCAAUCACCAAAGUAGCUUCGCAUUAUCCUUACGUUUGGCUUAUUAGAAAUUUCCACGUACUAUAGUGUACUUCGCUUGCUCUUUCGGACUCGACUAUAAACCUGAGGAACGUCAGGUUUCCAGUGCGACAUCUAGACUACAUCGCAUCUGAGGACAGCCUCACUGUAGCGCACUCAUUCUUUGAUCUUGAUUUCGCACCGUUACACGCGCGUUAUAGUAACAACUUUUUUACACGGAGCAGUAUGUAAUUAGCUUGGAGCCAUCGCUAUCACUCGCUCUACAUCUCUCUUUAGUUUUUAGCUUUGUAUUUCCUGUACUGGUGAAACAGCGUCCUUAACAACCAAACAAACAAAAGUUCUUACACUCACUUUCGUCAUAAACCUUAACCAAGGACCUCCAUUCAAUUAUACAUUUUGUUCAGUCGGAGAACGAAGAAAGUUUCAGCUUGUAUUGACAUAAAUUCUCACUCAAGUGUAUAGUUCGCGAAUUUUAACUUGAGAAAUAGCCUUGGCAUUCCUGAUACAUUCAUUUCUUAUGACCAACUGUAGUCAUAGUAAACAGAAGUGGAUGAAACCUUUCUCUUGACAGAUCUAUUUUUCAGCGUUAGUAAACAAGAACGCUAGGGACUGAACACUGCUUUUAGCAAACAAUUAAGCGCUAUUGAUACACAUGCAACUCUACGUCACCGCUUCGGUGUUUUGAUGGGCGGUCCAUAUAUUCUUAUCAUUAAUACUGCGUCAGGGUUAACGUGACUAUAAGAAAAGACUCGCGGGGUCCCGAUGUAUAACAAGCCGUUUUCCUACAGAUUGUUCUUUUUUUCUCUCUCUUUCACUGUCAUUUACAUUAGCAGAGAAAUCACGCAAAAUUUGUUGUUACUUCAGUCACCCCAAACAAACCUCAUUAAAAGCAAGACAGUCCUCAAGCUAUAUUCCCACAAGCUUGUUUCUGUUCUUAUUUUCUGUCACAUUUUCUUUCUUCUUUUUCCCCUGGAAAGUAACUAUAACUCGGGUUUGCAUGUCAAUGCCUUUCUGAUCUGGUAAAAGUCGUUUUCUUAAAUGCUUCUGUUCACACGAAAAAGUUGCUGCACGCUACUGUGAACAGUAAGUGAACGGUUGCGUUUGCUUAAUUGACAUUUUCCCUUUGCUGUUUGCAUCCGAAGAAAACCGUGGCCCUAGAUUAAUUUUUAGAGCUAUACAGUCCUUAAUACGUGCUAUGUGCAUAGAAGCGGCUCACCACUCCGUGCUGUUGAAAACCCGCCCGCAAGAAGAAUGUUGACCCUCGCAACACACGCGUUCGUCAUUAGCAAAACCCGAGGGCCUCACAGACGGGCUUGUAAUAUACUGAAGCUGUAGUGCGCUUCGUUUCUCUAUAGGGCAUCGUUGCUUGCGUCGUCGAAUGCACGAGCCACACUCUCCCUUUGCAAGAAGUCUUUGUAUACAUAUAUACAUACAAUAUAUUUACAUGCGCAUGCUAUACCUACGUUACUCCAAAAGACGCACACAGGACGUCUUGUACAUGUGGCAAAAACAAGUAAAACACGAAACUGAGAAACAAAAAGAACCUUUCCCGGAGAAGAAGAAAAAAAAAUACUGCUGUGAAGACGAAGGUCGGGGAAGCUUUGUACGCCCUCUUCGAGUCUGUAUUGUGUGCCUUUUUGCCGUUUUUCUUGAGCAUAUUUUUUCAUAUAACAGUGUACAGGAGAAAAAAUAACCACUGUAGAGUAGCGAGGAAAGGAAAGAUUGAAACUUUGCCCAGCCCGAUAUGCGUUCCUCAACAAACAAACAAACAAACAAACAAAACAGAAAAAAAGAGGCGUGGGAAGUUAGCGUUUCAUUUUGGGCCCGCUUGAUGCUUUCUAUAAGUGGCGCCGCUGUUGUUGCUGGUAUGGCCCGUUGCACUGUUUGGCUCACGCAGCUUGUUCGGGUUGGAUGCCUUGAAGUGGGCUUAGAAAGAAACAACGUCAACUAAAACGAAAUGUUACAGCUACCCGGGGGUGGUAUCAUCUGGGACAAUAGGGACACCACUGGCUUCGUCGAUGUGUAAAAGCAUUGUUGUUGUUGUUGUUGUUGUUUUCGUCUGUAUGAAGGGCGGAAGAAUGUUGUGCUCGUUUAAGAACUGUCUACAUAUGCUUGCCUUUCUGUCGUCUUCAUGUCGAGUGAUUCAACGUCACUGUUGUCCCUAAUGAAGUUGCCGUGAACAUACCUUCACUUACCAGUGUUUUGUGCAGCAGAAACUUGAAUUGGCCUGUCAUGCUCUAUAGAAUAACCGAUGUUAACUUAAGAGCAGAAGAGGAAAAAAAGAAAUGGGGGGAAGGGGAUGGUGCGGUAAUGGAUGCACGCGAAUGAGUUCCAAGAGUUGAGAGGUGGUUGGGUAGUUUAUUAGCUUUAGAAGGUGCAGGGUGUUCACCGGCUCUCCUAUAAGAAAAUGCAAGAAAGAAAGUCCGGAACGUGGAAAUGACCGCUGUCUAAAAUAAUGCGUUAAGGCACACUCUCAGAAGAUUGACACGAUCAUGAAAAAAAAAAAAAAAACUGCAGCUGCAAUGCAGCCGUUUCUUUUCCGUUCAUUUUACGCUAACCGAUCACGUGUCGACACAGAACCCGUGCAUCCAACUCGAACUCGCUUUUCACGAGCUUUGAUCGCAGGCACAGAUGUAAUAACCGUUGACCAAGCGCUUCGCGUCUUAUUUCGCGCGCUAUGUAUACUCGUUCUGCAUUGGACGUAUGAAUUACAGAGGGCGUGAAGUGUGUGUUGUUCGCGCUGUAGCCGCAAGUCUCAGGAGCGAUCCUCGAUGAUUUUGACAUUUCAGUAAAUCGCGCUUCGUUUCGCUGCCGACAAGCAAAGAAAAAAUUAAACAUGCCGAAGGAAGAGGGGAAAAACAAAAUAUUGCCUCAAGUCUAAGCCCUCGAACACAACACUCUUUAUUACUCUAUCCUCGUUCUUCUUCUCUUUCGUGAAACGUUGCUGGGACAGUAAUAGAGUGACAGUGUUUUCGGAACUGCACGUAUAUAGAGCUCCGAUUGUAGUUUCAUCUUCGACGUGCGUUCAAUUUUUUUUUUUAAUUUUUUUAUUGGAGCGCGACGCUGGAUCGCGAAAAUAAGCACACCUGUAUUACGUUCCUUUAGUUCUUCUUUCUGUCGCGAGCAUUUCGUGAUAAGCACGAGCAUUUUCGUGCGCCCGUGUUCUUUGUGAGUUUAGGCCCUUUUUUUUUCCCCUUUUUUUUCUUCUUCAUUUUCUUGUUCUUGUUCGGGUGUUCUCAGCGGGAUGUUGUAUUCGGGCGCCUUUUGAGAGUUUUCACAGGUCACCAAAGAGGUUCGUACAUUCUUGGUGGCCACGUUUUUUCAAGACUGUGCUGCUGUCACCAAUGGAAGACAGGAGGCUCUGUUAUUAAAGAACAAUUUAAAAAGAAAAA